AAGCGCGCCAAGGUAGGGCCGCGCACUUAGUACGCACACGCACACACGCACACACACACACACAGACAGUACGCAGUGGAGUAAAAAGUGGCGCAAGUGUGUAAAAAAAAAAACAUGGCCAAAGAAGAGGAUGUGAUCCGAAAGUUCGUUGUGAGAGAACUGCACAAGUGUUCGGACCUCAGUACACUGACUUUAGGCAUUCUGCGGAGGAGAUACCUGGAAAAGGUGGGGAGAGAGUCGCUCAGCAUCAAGGACAGACAGCUGAUGAAGAAAAUUGUGGAGGAGGAACUUUUGAAGAUGCAGGACAGCAGUGAUGAUGAGCCUCUUAUUAAGAGUGUGAAUCCUUCAAAGAGCCAGAGCAAAAGGAAAAGGGUGGAUGAAGAUGAUGGGGAUGAAGAGAAUAAAAUGGUGGGAAAGACAAAAAGAUCACGGCUGGAGGAGUUUUCUCCAGAUUCCCCUGACUCUGGAAUAGAGAAAGCUAUUAACGAGGGAGAACAAAAAGAGGAUGAAGCUGAAAGUGAUAAAGACGCGGGUGAAGACAGUGAGGAGGAGCAAGAGGAAAAGAACAUUAAGAAAAAAACACAGAAUAAGAGACAGAGCAAACUGAAAGGGGACAGUGAGAAGAAAAAGAAACCGAAGAAGAAAGGGAAGGUGAAAGAAAGUGACGAAGAUGAGGAGUUCAAGGAUUCUGAUGAGGAGGAGGCAAGGCAAAAACAACCAUCGAAAGAAAAGAAAAAGGAUUCAGACAGUGUGAAGGAAAUCACUGAUACACCGGCUUCGAGUGAUUCAGAGGAUGAAAAAGUGAAAAGCAAAGUGAAGACGCAGAGUAAAAGAAAAGAUAUCAGAAAAAAGAAGCCAGUCGAGAGGGAUAUUGUGAAAGAAGUGGAGAGAGAGGUUUUUGGGAGCAGCUCUGAGAGUGAAGAGGAGAAUAACAAGAGCGCUAAAAGAAAAAACAGGAGCAACUCUGAAAAUGACAGCAGCGGAGACAGUGAAGAGGAAAAAGAUCAAAAAGAGGAUGCUGCUAAUUUGUCCUCCAAAGAGAUGGAGAAAAAUGAAGAGAAAAUACAGGACGGUCAGAAGGAGGCAGCAGAGGACUCUGACUCCUCGUCUCUUCCCUCACUGGAGGAUGAGGAUGAACAAGAGAAGGACAAGAAGGAGGGAAAGAAAAGUACGACAAAGAAAAAGCACAGUGAGGAGAGGGAGAACACAACCAGAGGAAAGGAUGAAGAAAAUAAGGCAGUGUCCAGGCUGAAGCGCUACAUCGCCCUCUGUGGUGUGAGACGGAACUAUAAGAAGCUGUUAGACGGCUGCCGAUCAGUAAAGGCAAAGGUGGCUGUGCUGAAAAAAGAGCUGGAGAAGCUGGGUGUGGAAGGUCAGCCCUCCAUAGAGAAAUGUAAAAAAGCUCGACUAAAAAGAGAAGAAGCACAGGAACUGGCUGAGCUGGAUGUCAGCAACAUCAUCGCCACUCAGGGACGUCCCAAAAGAAGAGCAGCUGCAGCAGCAUGGCCCCCUGCACAGAAUGUCUCUCCUCCCCCCUCUGCCUAUAAAUGUGUUGUGAACUCAGACUCUGAUAGUGGAGAGAGCCACAGAAACACAGGGCGCAAGAGAGGAGCAGCCUGGGCCAACCUGCAGGGAAUCAUCAGUGAUGAUGGAGAGAGUGACUAGGCGGCAAGUGCCUUUCCCUACAAUCGGUUUCAUCAUUAUACAGUGCAUUCCUUAAGUUCACCCACUCUUUAAUUCACUAUGGAAAAAAAGUUAAACCUGUUCUAAUCAAUUGGUACAUUGGCAAGAGUUUUAUGUGUACAUCCUGUUAUUGUAGGA